AUGAAAGAACAAGAUGCAAGCCCAGAAGAUUCGGUGAGGCAGGAGGAAGACCCUGCCACUGAUGACAAUGCUGGGUGCGUCGCAGUGCCUACAGAAGCCGAAGUGGUCGCCAAUGGCGAGGUUCACUCUCCUUGCCCGGAUUCGCCAGCUGCAGAGGUUCCCGAAACUACGGAGGCCCCCGUUGCCAAAGAGAGAUCAGAGUCCCCAGUCUCCGAUAAGAAGGUGGAGCCUCCUGUUGCGUUCCCGAGGGACCCCGAAGUCAUCAAGCUAAUGAAAUCGUUUGGCGGCAAGGCGAAGGAGAUGAAGGCUGCCGUAAUGGAGACUCUGAACGCUAGGCUGGCGGCAGGAGACUCCUCGAAUGGAGCCGCUGUGCCCUCGUUUGAGGACGAGGCAGCCAAGAAACUUAGCUUGCUCAAACAGGUUAUUCAGAAGAACGCAGUGGAAGCCGCCCAGGCAUCCAAGUCCGUCGAUCAGGCGGGUACUCCUCCGUCCCCUUCGUCCCCCGUCCCACGGAAAGAACCCUGUGUCACAGCAGCACGCAAAAGUCCGUCCCCGAUGCCCGAGGCAGUUCGGUCCGAAAAGUCGCCAUCUCCUUGCACGAAGUCGCCCAAGUGUUGCACUCCACCCGAGUGUGUUGUCCAUUGCGACAAGAAGGUGCCACAGCCGACUGCAACCGCCGACAAUGCUAACCAGUCGAGGACCCCAUGCUGUGGCGGCAUGAGACGAUCACCACUUCGCAAGCUUGGUGCUCAGGAGGCCAACAGCACGGCUGCUUCAAAACGGAAAGGAGAGCGUGCUGUUGAGAAUGUACUAAAGAUCCUGGAGCCUCACGAGACAGCCGAAGAGAAGCUGGGUGCUCUGCUCCAGCACUACCUGGGCUUCCAGGAAGGCACCUGGCAGUUGCAGGCAGCUGUGCAGAAGGCCGAGCGGCAGGUGCGGCAGCUGUCGAGGGAGAAGGAGCAGCUGCAGUCUGACUGUAACCGAGCAAUGCUUGCGAAAAGCAAGCUUGAAAGCCUUUGCCGCGAGCUACAGAAGCAAGCCCGGGCAGUCAAGGACGAGUGUAUGAUGCGCAUUCGGGACGAGGAGGAGAAGCGCCGAGAAGUGGCCACCAAGUUCCAGACGACCCUGAUGGACAUCACGGCUGUGCUGGAGGAGAACCAGGCACGCAGUGUGCAGCUGCGAGAGGAGAACUUCCAGCUGGCACAGAGGCUGAAGGGCGUCAUCGACCACUACGACCUCUGGGAAAAGAACAUCGAUGCCGUUCUUCAGCAGAAGGAGUUGCAGGUGCAGGUAGCCACGACACACUUGGCCCGAGCCCAAGCACAGUUGCAAGCCGAGAGGCAGGCGUUCCUUGCCGAGAAACAAAUUGUGCUGAAGCAGGUGAGCGACUCCCAGAGGCAGCAGGAGGAGCUGGCAGCGCGAGAGUCACACUUGCGGGAGGAGCUGUCGUCUCACGCCAGCAAGUACGAGGAGUUCCAGGGGGCCUUGGUGCAGAGCAAUCAGCUGUUCCGCUCUUUCAAGCAAGACAUGGAGAAGAUGUCCAAAAAGAUCAAGAAGUUGGAGAAGGAAACUGCACAGUGGAAGUCGCGUUGGGAAGCAAGCAAUAAGGCGCUUGCAGACAUCACGGCAGAAAAACACGGCCGAGACAAGGAACUGGUGGCUGCCCAACAGCGGGUCAUAACCCUGGAGAAGCUCUGCCGUGCACUGCAGCUCGAAAGAAACGAGCUCAGCGCGAAGGUCAAGGCACUUGGGGUCGACGCUGGCGCAGAAGACUCGGGCCCUGUGGAAGUUGUGAAUGAGUCAACAGAAGGCUAAUGCAUUUAGUCGGGAAGCAUAGAAGUACAAAGCUGAUGCAGGCCUUAUCUUCAGUCUUCUGUUACUUUUCGUUAAUUCUAGCUAUCAUACAAAAAAAAUAUGUAAGGAUAUUGAGCGCUGCAGUCAGGGAUCGACUACACAAAAUGUGGCAGCGUACUUUCAGCCCCACGCACACUAUUUAAGUAUCGCACAAUCGAAAGAUUAGCAAAGCACGAGGAUUUCUGGAAAAGAAAUUAAAUGUGUGCCUGUGAUACAGGUGUUUAAAAAAAACAA